GCACUAAAAUGGAGGCCGGCUGCGUCUCCUUGGUCCGUGAUAUAAAGCAUCCUAUAACGCUGGCAAGGUGUGUUAUGGAAAAGUCACGGCAUUGCUAUUUGGCUGGCGAUGGCGCUAUGCAUCUUGCCCGGACCGAAGGAUUCGAUAUACUGCCCAAGGCGGCACUGAUUACAGAAAUGGCACAAAAAUCCUUAUACGAUUACAAAGCACUCAGGAAUAAAUCGGGAAGCAGCAGGAUCCCCAUCCCUCCAGGUACCGUUGGUGCCGUGGCAAUUGAUGCCUUCGGUAAUGUGGCAGCAGCGACAUCAACAGGUGGCACAAUGGGAAAACUACCAGGCCGGAUUGGUGACUCUCCACUGCUGGGUGCUGGCACCUAUGCAGAUAAUGAGAUAGGCGCCAUAUCAGCCACUGGACAUGGUGAGACCAUUAUGCGUUACAAUGUUGCCUCGCGCAUAUUGGCACUGGUGCAGCACAAGAAUUGUACAGUACAACUGGCAGCCGAGCAAGUGCUUCAAAAGAUGACCUCACGUUUUAAGGAAACGGCUGGCAUAAUAGCUAUUGAUCACCAGGGACAGCUGGGCAUAUACUUUACAACACAGCAUAUGCCUUGGGCCUAUCAGAAGGGAAAGGAGCUGCACAGCGGUUUUCAAGCAGGCGAUAACCAGAUCGAGGUUGUAUGCGACGAAUCCUAAGCUAACAAAUACAUAAAUAACGUUUUUUAAUUAAAAAUUUUCUUAAUUUAUUUAGAAACUUAAA